GGACAGAAUGUCUGCCCGAAGCACCACAGUUGCAGCGUUCUACCUGCAUGCUACCUGCAUGCUACAUUUAGUUGUCUCUUUGUGUGUGCAUUCGCCAACUCCCACUAAUGGUACCGGUAGGUAGCAAGUCUCUGAGUUGAAACAAGUGAAAGACCAUGGAGAGUCAGCCACCGAAAAGAGAGCGAGAUGAAGAAUCGGAGCCUGAUGAGCUUGACCUGAUGAAGAUUGUGGCUUUGCGCUGCCAGCCCGAAGCAACUUCCAAUGGUGCAACUAAGACUGAAGCUUGUGUGUCUUCCUAUCAGGGAUCAACAGAUGCUGAAGAUCCAGGUCCGUGUAGAAAAGGUACCCAAACCGGCGCCAGCACAGACACAAACCCCCCUUUCAAACACAAUCCAGAGAACAAAAAUCAGCCCUCUGAGCCACAAACAGCAAAUGUUGGUAUGGGCACCAAUGCCAAAGAGAACAUGGCCAAUGAAGCAGCAUCACAAUCAAAUGGGGACACCAAACCCGGUGCAAACGCAGACAUGAAUUCCCCUUCUAAACCACCUCCGAAGGAUAAGAAUCAGCUCUCCGAGCCACAAACAGCAAACAUCGAUAUGGGCACCAAAGAGAAUUCGGCCAAUGAAGCUUCCUUGGAAUCAAACCGGGAGGAACAGUUUCCAGCGAAUUGUUCCCCCACGUACCGGUAUCAGGAGCCAAUGGUUGGAGCGUAUGCUGUCGCUCCUCCACCAGAUCAAUCCACCAUAGAGGAGAACCAGGACGAUGAGAGCGAAUCAGAUGAAGAAUCAGCAGUCACACCCCAUACAAGUGCAGCAGCUCGGCUCUCUGUUGCCAUACCGGUGGAUGAAAACCAUGAGCGGCAAGCCCAGUCAUUGCCAAAAGCAGAGGAAUACAAUCUAGACGAGCAGGCGAGAAUGAGAACGGAACGAAAAAGGAAGACUCAUUUGAUCAAAGCAACAAUCUGUAUCAGCCUUGGAGCCCUUAUUCUCGCUGGAUUCGUUCUGCUGAUUCUCUAUCUGCUUGGUUUGGAUGAGAAGGUCGAUCAACAGGAGGCCCACGACGGCAACACUAGCAGCCUUGCUUCUUCUUCACACAAUACCAUGUCCAAUGAAAUUGAAGCAUAUGCUAUGGCCUUGCUACCAAACAAGACAAUUGAGACUAUACGAUCGAAACCUGGUUCACCUCAAGCGCGGGCUGCUCAAUGGCUGCUGAACGACAUUCCGCACUGGAAUCAUACGGAUCAGCGAGUUCUGCAAAGAUUUGCGUUAGCAACAUUUUACUAUGCGACAGGCGGAGAUGACUGGUUUGAGAAUGAAGGCUGGCUCAACCACACCUUGAAUGAAUGCCAGUGGUUCUCAACGUGGAAAGACCCGUGCUUUGGAACUCCUAGAAUCAUGGAAUUCAUCCGUGAAGACCUAUUCUUGGAAGACAACAACCUUCAAGGCUCGUUACCUCCAGAGAUGUUUCUCCUCUCACAUGUGUCAGUUGUUGGCCUCGCCAAGAACUCGUUGGUUGGUUCUAUUCCUUCGGAAAUAGUGGAAUUGUCAGACUUGAUCGCCUUGGCUCUCCAUGAGAACCAGUUGACAGGCCCAGUGCCUCCGAUCGAGCCCUUCUCGAGUAUGAUGAUGGUUCAUCUUUCGGACAAUCAGUUGAACGGCACACUUCCAACCAACAUGCAGAACCUACCGCUCCUGUUUGAUUUCAAUGUGACUGGGAAUGCGCUGACCGGUACCAUUCCAACAGGUUCGUAA